AUGGUAUCGCUCAACACUGCAGCCAACGCUGAAGACCGCAAGGCAGACGAGCUCGCCCUCUCCUACAUCGGCCUGUGCGUCAAGCCGGUACACCAGCCCACCAUCCUGCGCUGCACUACGUCCAACCAAGCCUGGACCACUCUGCAAGAAACCUUCGCCGCCAAGACCUUCGCGCGCAAGCUGCAGCUGCGCCGAGACCUCAACUCGCUCAAGAUGGCCAUCAGCUUCUGCCUGUCCCCUGGGCUUGCACUAGCGCCGUAG